GCUCACAAUGGCAUAAUAAAAAUAGCAAAUUUCUCCUCCCUCUCUCGUUUCGCGUCUCGUCUCCUCCCGCGCCGGCUUCGCCCGCCGCCUGCGCCGACCUCCCGUCCCGCGAGCAGGGCCGUUGUUUCCGCCGCAUCCUCACCGUCGAGGUGAACACAAGGUGAUUGGAGAGUGAGGGCGCGAAGAUCUGAUUGGAGAUGAAUGCUCCCGACCGCUACGAGCGCUUUGUCGUGCCCGAGGGAACCAAGAAGGUAUCAUAUGAGCGGGAUACAAAGAUCGUGAAUGCUGGGUCAUUCACAAUUGAGCGUGAGGACCACACCAUUGGCAACAUCCUCCGCAUGCAGCUCCACAGGGACCCAAAUGUCCUUUUUGCUGGUUAUAAGCUUCCUCACCCCCUUCAGUACAAGAUCAUUGUCAGGGUCCAUACUGCAAACCAAUCCACCCCUACUCAAGCGUACACACAGGCAAUCAAUGAUUUAGACAAGGAGCUUGAGAAUCUGAAGCAAGCUUUUGAGGACGAGAAGAACCGCUACGAGGAAAGGCCUAAGCAGGGAUACUAGGCCAAUGCUCUUGGACGUUAUAAAACGCAGAACCUGUGUGGAUGUUAGAUCUGAUGCCUGAGCAUCCAUAGAUUCUUUUUGUCUCAUGGAUCCCCAGGACGCUACUAGGCUAAUCCAUGAACUCUUAAGGAACUUGUGUAUGCUUAAACUUAAUACAAUGCAAUGCGGUUUCAUCGAAAUGCAUCCUGUCUUGUGUAUCUCCAGCGUGUUGUACCUGUCAUCUGUGGAUUGUGCUAAGUCUCGAAUUAUAAGACUUUCUGAGUUUAUCUAGAUUUAUCUGUGUAUUA